UGCGUUCACACGCUCAAACGUCAAAUUUUUCGACAGCGACGCGGCGGCUUUCGGUUUUUCGCGAGUGGAAUCUGUGCGCGUUAAAAUGUCCGUUCCGCCGGUGCAGCCGUUUCCGGCGAUGGUUCCGUUCAGUGUGCCGCCGCCGACGGCCAUGGCCGCGAUGCCGGUUAGCGAGUGGACCGAGCACAAGGCGCCGGACGGCCGGAUGUACUACUACAACAGCAAGACGAAGCAAAGUCUGUGGGAGAAACCGGACGAGUUGAAGUCUCCGGCGGAGAAGCUGUUGGCGGCUUGCCCGUGGAAGGAGUACAAGUCGGACCAGGGCAAGGUGUACUACCACAACGUGAACACGAAGGAGUCGCAGUGGGUGGCGCCGUUGGAGUACUCCGAGCUGAAGGACAAGGUCGAGGCGGAACGGUUGGCGGCGGAAGCGGCCAAGGCAGCGGCGGUCAAAACGUUGGGCGCGGUGGCUGCGGGGCUGCCGUUGAUGAUUCCACCGGUGGUGCUUCCGGUGGUUUCGCCGGCGAUUGGGGGCGAUUCGCUCGGGUCGUUUUCGGGCGUGAUGCCGGGUUCGGCGGAGAACAGCUCGUCGGCGCUGGAUCAGGCGAUGGCGGCGACGUUGGCAGCGAUUGAGGUUCCUGAAGAGCCGGCACCGUCGAAGGGUGCGGUCGAGGAGGUGCCUCCUGUUGAGGAGGAGCCGGUCAUUGAGUUCAAAGACAAGAAGGAGGCGAUUGAAGCAUUUAAAGAGUUUCUCAAGGAGAAGAACAUCCCGUCGAGUGCGAGUUGGGAGCAGUGCGUCAAGAUAUGCCAGAAGGACCCCAAGUUUAACGUAUUUAAGAAGCUCCAGGAGAAGAAGCAAGCAUUCAACGCUUACAAAACCCAGAAGCAAAAGGACGAAAAGGAGGAACAACGGUUGAAGGUCAAACGCUGCAAGGAAGAUCUGGAAAAGUUCCUCAUGACCUCCGAAAAGAUGAACUCGACCAUGAAGUUCUACCGCUGCGACGAACUGUUCGCCAGUCUGGACGUGUGGAAGUCCGUCCCGGAGCAGGACCGCCGAGACAUCUACGAGGAUUGCAUCUUCAACCUGCAAAAACGCGAAAAGGAAGAAUCGCGCCUCCUUAAAAAACGCAACAUGCGCGUCCUCGGUGAACUGCUCGAGGCCAUGACCACCGUCUCGUACCAAACGACCUGGUCCGAGGCCCAAGUCAUGCUUCUCGAAAACGUCUCCUUCAAAAGCGAUGUCAACCUGCUCGGCAUGGACAAGGAGGACGCCCUGAUCGUCUUCGAAGAGCACAUCCGCGCCCUCGAACGCGAAGAAGACGAAGAAAAGGAGCGCGAGAAGAAGCGCACCAAGCGUCAACAGCGCAAAAACCGCGACCAGUUUCUCGCCCUCCUCGACGGCCUCCACGAGGAAGGAAAACUAACAUCCAUGUCCCUUUGGGUCGAACUCUACCCCAUCAUCUCCGCCGAUCUGCGCUUCUCCGCCAUGCUCGGCCAAAUCGGCUCCACCCCGCUCGACCUGUUCAAAUUUUACGUCGAAAACCUGAAAGCUCGCUUCCACGACGAAAAGAAGGUCAUCAAGGAGAUACUCCGCGAGAAGGAAUUCUUCGUCCAAUCCACCACGACCUUUGAAGAUUUCGCGACCGUCGUGUGCGAGGACAAACGCUCCGCCACCCUGGACGCCGGCAACGUCAAACUGACCUACAAUUCCCUGCUGGAGAAGGCGGAAGCAGCCGAGAAGGAACGGCUCAAGGAGGAAACGCGCCGUAUUCGUAAGCUCGAAAGUGAACUCAAAAGUAUCUGGAUUGAGGCAGGGUUGUCGGCGGUGGACAGUUGGGAGACGGCCCAGAAGUUGGUGGCCGACCUGGAGGUGUACGAUCUGUACGAGCAGGAGGACAAGGUCGAGCGGUUGUGGGAGGAGUUUAUUAAGGAGGCGGAGGAUUCGUGCAGUCAUCACCAUUCGCGGUCCAAGAAGAAGAAGAACCGGAAGCACAAGAAGAAGUCGCGGUCGUCGUCCAAGUCGGACUCCGACCAGUCCGAGCCCGAGUACGAAAAGCCCGCCAAGUCGUCGAAAAAGUCGCGCAAAUCCCGCUCCCGGUCACGUUCCAAAUCGGCCGGGGCCAUGUCCCCUGGCGGUGGCGCCGAAUCGGAACCGAUGAGCGACGCCCCGAGUGAGCGGGGCGAGCGCAAGCGCAAAAAGAAGAAGAAGCACCGCAAGCACUCGUCGCGCUCGCCGUCCUUCGAGGAGGGUUCGCUUGCGGCGGCCGAUUCGCGGAACGGCGCUGAACUCGCAGGGUCGCGGUCACCGUCGCCGGAGGUUGAGCGGAAGAAGAAAAAGAAAGACAAAAAGAAGAAGGACAAGCGACGUUCGCGGUCCGGAAGUCGCGGCAGUGGGCGAUCCCCGAACGGGCACGGCAACGGUGGAUCCCGUUCGCCGCGGGAAGAUGACGGAGCGGCACUGUCGGAGUCGGAGCUGGAAUCGCAACGGGCUGCCCUGUUGGCUCAGCUGAACGAGCAGAUGAUGGACGAAUGACGACCUGGUGCCGGUGGCGGUGAGUUUUGGUGGGAUGAGAAGACAAAUUGUGCACGUAGAAGAAGGAAUUAAUGGCAUUAGAAGAGUGAAUGAUGUAGCAGCAGCAGCACCAGCAGCAAUUUUUACAAGUAAUUGUAUCUCUUAAAAGAAAAACAAACAAUAGAUGUGACCACUGUGUGUGACGCAAUCAGCGUGUGCGAGUUUUUAGUUUGAUAAGCCAA